AUGACGACCGUUCCACGGGUGACCCGAUCUACCACAAGAAAAGCGAUAUCAGAAUCCAAAGUGAAGUUAUCGGAACCAUCUCAGCUCCCUUUCGCAGCGAAAGCUAGACGGAUCGAAGAGGAGGAACACAUUCCCCAGAAGAAACGCCCCAAGCGAGUUUCCCAGCCUGUCAACCAGCACCUCAAGGCCAAUUCGCAGGAGACAACUCGACCGUUCAGAUUAUCGGAAGCGCAAGCACACCUUGCAGAUAUCGAUCCCCGGUUCUCGCUGUUGUUCGGCCGGCUGCCAUGUGGGCCUUUCGAUAGUCUUUCAAAGCCAGCGGUUCAUCAACCACCGGAGCCUUUCCGUAACUUAUGCUGCAGUAUCCUUGGCCAACAAGUUAGCUGCAUGGCUGCCCGAUCGAUCACCUAUCAAUUCAUCAAAAUUUUUCAGUCUGGAUUACCCCAAAAGUUAGAGCCUUCAAAAAAACUUUCUGAGUUCCAAUUUCCGUCACCAAGCGAAGUGUCCAAUACUUCACUUCCUACCCUUCGCACUGCUGGUCUGAGCCAACGCAAGGCCGAGUACAUUCACGAUUUGGCUCAAAGGUUUGUCGAUCGUCGACUGGAACCUCAAACGCUCAUGUCCAUGGACUCAAAUAUGGUGGUAGAUGAGCUCUGCAAAGUCCGAGGGAUUGGCCGAUGGACUGCUGAAAUGUUCUUGAUUUUCUGCGUCAAACAUCCUGAUAUCUUGCCACAUGCUGAUCUGGCAAUCCAGAAAGGUAUCCUGCGAUGGUAUACCACUGCCGCAUUUGAUGGGUCACUCCUACGUCAUCUCAAAAAUGAUACCUGCACAGGAGCAGAGAAGGAAGAGAGGGACACGACUGGACUAUCAACCCCUCCAAUCCCUUCCGACUGCUCUCUUUCACGGCAGGACCUCGCCCGACGUCUCAGUAAGCCUCUGAAACCAGGACUCUUUCUCACUCCCUCUGAAAUGGAGCAAUUAACGGAACAGUGGAAACCUUAUCGGUCUCUCCCAGUAUGCUACAUGUGGUCAUUGACCGGUUUUAUACCUGAAUGCUAA